AUGAUGGAUUCUGUUUGUGCAGGCUGUUCGGUACAAAUACGUGAUCGUUAUAUGCUUCAAGCUAUUGGUAAACUUUGGCAUGAAGAUUGUUUAAAAUGUGCUUGUUGCCAUUGUCGCUUAGGAGAACUUGGAUCUAAGCUUUACUACAAGCAAAGUAUGAUAUUAUGUACUCGGGAUUACUUGCGAUUAUUUGGAUUAACGGGUACUUGCGCUGUAUGCGACAAAAAUAUUCCAGCAUUUGAACUUGUCAUGCGAGCUAGAGAUAAUGUUUACCAUUUGCAGUGCUUCGCAUGUCAAGCAUGCAACCAAAGGUUUUGUAUUGGAGACAAAUUUUAUUUAAGUGACAACAAGAUCCUUUGUCAAUAUGAUUUUGAAGAGCAAAUGGCAUUUCAUCAAGCUGCUUAUAGUAAUCACAGCUUAACUGAACUUACUAAAAACAUUGAACAAUUAGAAAAUUUUGAAACGGUUUGA